UACAUCCUAAGUGCGGGGUCACUUAGGGCUAUUUUCCAAGUUUUCAGUCAAUCCCAUGGAUAUUACCCAGGUGAGCUGAUAGAUCAGACACUGUUUGAAAAAUCUGUGCGUCUGUCUAUGCAUCAAUUGUUGACGAACAUGCCCUCCAACGAAAGACCACAGAUAAAAAUGGCCACAACUACAGUCCAAGAUGACAUAACGACAGUCCAUCUUUCACCGGACGAAGUCAGCACCAAAACAUUAACAUCCCACAAUCUCCAAGCAGCAGUCACAGCCCUACACAACGACGGCAUCGUCGUCCUCAACAAUGCAGUCGACACCUCUCACCUCAACAAACUUAACAGUCGCAUGAUCCCCGAAGCCCAGGCCCUGUACGCCAAAUCAAGCACUCACCGCAACUUCGGCCCUGGAACAGGUAACAUCCAACAGGAACCCGUUCUGGAAGAUGGAUACAUUUUUUCAGAUAUCAUUGCGAACCCAUUCGCAGCUCAGGUAGUUGAAUGCAUGCUCGGUCCUAAACCGGCACUCAGAUUUCACAGUGCGAAUACUGCAUUUAAAGCUACGGAUCGUCAACCUCCGCAUAUCGAUGUUCAUUUUGAUUUCCCGCGUGGAGUGCCAUUUGGGUAUUGCGUGAAUAUUAACCUUGUUGAUACAUCGCCACGUAAUGGGGCCACAGAGGUGUGGCCGGGAACGCAUCUGAAUGCUUCGAUUGACGAUAUGUCCGGUGAAGAAGCCGGUAUACGCAAGGAUCUUACAGAAGAGCGCAGAAAAGUUCGUCCUCCGGUUCAACCGUCACUGCCCAAGGGAUCGUUGAUCAUUCGAGACUUCCGAUUGUGGCAUGCUGGUCGACCAAAUCAGACCGAUGAUCCAAGGGUCAUGAUUGUGACGGUCUUGUUUCCGAAAUGGUACAGAAGUAAUUUGGAGAUUAUCCUGCCGGAGAGUGUCAAGGGUAAAAUCGACUGGGGUUCGCUAAAUCCCAAGGUGAAAUGGGUGCCGGAUGGAUAUGAUUACUUGCAUGGAGCGCAUGAUCAUGAUUUUGCCUUGUUGCCUUAG